UGGUGACGGUGUUCUAGGACUCCGAACCUCAGUGCAAAGCUAAUAAUCCUAGAAAUCGGCGGUGUGUGUGACACACUCAUCCACUCUGUUUCUGCCUCUCUUCAUUAUACACGCCCAGGAGGAUGAACAAACCCGCUACAGAGGAUGAGAGCUGCACUUAAUGUCACUUUUUAAACUCUUUUUUCGGCUAAUGUGAUGGUAACGUGGCUCAUCAACCCCGGGGGAUUUUCAGGAACUUUUUUCACCUCGGAUGCUCCGGAUCUAAUGCUUUUACUAUUUAGAGUUGCCUUUAAAUCUCCGAUAACCGUCUAAAAUUGAUCUUCAAUUUAUGUUAUCAAGUAUAUAUAUUUUAAAAAACAUUUAAUUUAGUCGAUUUAUCCGGUUAGAAUCUCGCAGAUUAAUUCACGGGCGGUUUACUGUGAACUGGCGCGUUAAAAUGCUACGUAUAGUGUCAGUAGAUGUGCAGAUGCUGUAAUCUUUUAAACACCUGAUUUAAUAAUUGUAUUUUGUGUUAAAACACAUCUGUCUGUCGCUGUCGUGUUGGUUGGAGAGAGAUUUACGAGCCUCAACCCACCGUUCGCGUGUUUCCACCCACCCUCCGUGAACUUUCAUUUUUGCUGUUUGUGAAGGAGUUUUAUUAGUCAGGACUAGGAAGGGAAAGUGUCGUUAUUGUGCUGGGAUGCGGAAGGGAGAGGAGUAGGGCUGAUGGUAAACAUGUUAAGGGUUUAAAGUGAGUGGCUCAGUGAUCAUGUCGUCCAUGGAGGGUGUUUUCUCCUGGGUGGGUGACUGGCAGUGGCUCUGCAUGGUCACUCUCUUUCUGGCCUCUGUUGUCACCUUGAUUAUAUACUUGGUGCUGUAUUUUUCCAACGAACCCCCUCUUGGGAAAACACCUCUUAGUCAUGUGGAUUCGAAGGAAGCCGAUGGGAUUUUAUGCUGGGUGCUGUCUCUGAAAAGCUGGAAGUGUCAGUGGAGAAGAGCCUGGUUCAGGAGCCUCAAUGAAGAAGUUUGUAGAUCACAGAGCGGGAUUCAGUUGACAUUUGAAGAAGAUGGUGUUCAAUCAUCAGAACUGGCUGUGGACCAGAUUUCGAGCUUUACAAAAACACCCGGUCAGAAAAAUGUCCUGUGUCAGGUGGUUGGAAACAAGCUGCAGUUUUCUCUCAGUGCUUUACCAAGCUCUUUGUCUUCAGAAACCCCCAUGAGAUACAGUGUGACGAUAUCUCCACUUCGUCUGCAGCUGGCCCUACAGAUGAAAGAGGUGAACGAGGAGGUGGAGAUUUCCUGGGGGGUGCUUCACCUGGACUCAGAUUUGCAGCUUACUCCAAGUUUCACACAGGGAAAUUGCGGGAAUCUAAGUGAGGCCGCUGUGAACGACAAGCUCAGACAGGUCUUAAGUCGAGCUCAAGCAUCCGUAACUCUGAGCAGCCGGCCUGCAGAGUCUGCAGAAGUUAAGGAAGUAAGGAACAAGACCUUGCAGGUGACCUCACCCCCAAAGCCCCCACGAGCUCAUGAGUGGAAACUAUUAGUGAAGAACAUCCGGGUCACAUGCAAACAGGAGGAUGGUGCUGCAGGCGGCAUGAAUCCCCAGUGUAUCCUUCAAUUGGAUGAUCCUCCUCAGAAGGUCACCAGUUCAGUCUUGACUAACACAUCCACUCCGGCCUGGGACCAGCCCUUCAUGUUUGAGCUUAGCGGCCGAUCGAAAGAGCUGAACAUCCAGGUUGUGGAUAACGGCAGAACUCUGGAGGAUGGUUUGUUAGGGCAGGUAUCUGUGCCUUUUGAUCUAGUGAAGAAACACCCCAAAGGUCAACAGACGUUUUCACUCAUGACCAAAGAUCAAGUGACCGGAUCACUAACUACUGAGUUCACCUACCUGGAGCCCAGCGAGGUGCGUAGCUGGCAGAUGCCCACGCCGGCCCCUACUAAAAGAGUGGAGAUGGACCGCACUGUGAUGCCCUGUGGCACCGUUGUUACCACUGUCACUGCUGUGAGGAGCAAGCCAGGACGACCUUUAGCACCUGAAUCCAAAUCGCCUUCUAAAAACAAGCUGGCAGAGAGAAGGGUGUCGGAGCAGACGUCCCUACAUGGAGCCAAAGUUAGCAAAGCCCUGUCAUCGUCAGAUACAGAGUUAUUGAUGUUAAACGGCACCGACCCUGUAGCAGAAGCUGCCAUCAGACAGCUCCAUGAGUCUGCAAAACAAAAGCUUAAAUCACCUGUCAAAAAGAGCACCAUCAUCAUCUCAGGAGUGGCCAAGGCACCUCUGACACAGGAUGAGGAGAUGACUCUGAUGGCAGGAUACGCAGCUGCGAUGGAUGCUUCGAUGUCUGGAGCAUCUGAGGAACCCAGCAGCGAAGCAUUACUCUCAGAAACAGUGGUAGAACCCAGUGUUCUUGAGCCCACAGAGUCUCUGGUGGGUGCGAAUGGCACAGACCACGUGGAGGACUGGGAGAGCCAGACUGGAGAGGACCCAGAUGCAGAUAAAACCUCUCUCUGUAUCUCUGAAACGGGUUCCAAAAAAGGAAAAGGCAGCUUCCUGCACAAGAGUGCCAAGCUAUUCUUCAGACGGCGACAUCAGCGAAAGGAGCCAGGGAUGAGCCAAUCCCACAAUGACCUGCAGUACUUGGAGCAUCCCGAGGCGGCCAUGAUGGGCGACCGGGAAAAGAGGACGGCCACCUUCAGGCGCAUCAUCAACCGAAAGCUUCUGCCAAGGAGUAAAAGCAAAACCAACGGCACAGUGAGAGAACCGCCCACAUGAGCUGCCCACUCGGUCACCUUCAUCAAAGCUAAUAGCUUUUGCACCUCUUAAUCUUUCUAACAUCUUCCUUUUCACAUUCAAUCUCAUAAAUUUUAUGCAAGUCGUUGCUUGUUUCUGGGUCAUAUUUGCCAAAACCUCUGCAUAGCAACAAUCACUCUCAUCAACUCAAUAUUAACACCAUGAUCCAGAUUCCCUGAAAACCUAUUCCGUUAUUCAGACCUCUCCGCUUAUGGAGCCAGAAUGAUCUCAAUAAUACUUCACGCAAAAGAUGCGAUGCACACAUGCGUAACCCAGUUCACAUAGAUGAGAAAUAAUUCAUGUGUACGGAAAAAAUAUAUAUAUAUUCACAAAAACCAAUUCACCUGCACAAAAUAAGAGUAUAUGUUCAUAAAAUACAUUUCUCAAAUGCAAAACACACUUUGCAGAUGUACAACUGUGUUUAACAUUUUUGAAUGUUUAAAAUUCACAAGUUUAUGUGAAUCGCCUUGGAUUUGUGUGUAUUUUUAAGACUUCUCUGGUAGCGAACUCCUCCCACACGGGACACUCAUACUUUUUAGCCAAUCAGAUUUGAGCCUGUCAGUCGACCAUCAAAUCAGCCGCUGACUUACAUUGUUCUCAUUAUCGAGUGUCUAAACGACGAUUUUAUUUAUUUUUAAUUUUUUUCGUGAAUGUGAAAUAUUUCUCAUGCAUGUGAAUUGGUUUACGCAUGUGUGCAUAGCCUCUUUUGCGUGAACUAUUAUUGAGAUCAUUCUGGCUCCACACAUGAAGACCGUCUGCCUGGCUCUAGAUUAAUCUCUCCAUCCAUUUGUGUGCGUGUUUAUGCAAGGAAAUUUACAAAACAGCAUUAAAAUGAACACUCACUCUUUUCGUCUCUCCAAAUGACUUGUGUCAUUUUACCUUAUGCAAAUAUUGAUCGUCAUGCAAAAGAUAUUCUGCGUUUGUGGCCUUCUAACCAAAGCGGGCUUUGAGGACAACUUUUUCUUGCCAUCUAUCUGAGCUUUAACCUUCUGGAAACCCUCUGGCGACCUGAUGGAUCCUGGAAUAUCAGACAAGGGAAUGACAUUGAUUUUGAUAUGCACUUGUUUAUAUGCAUUUGCAGGGAUGUGCAGUGAAUUCUGUGAGGUUUGGUGUUGAAGAAAUGCUCUGAAUUAGUUUAUUAAAAUUAUGUGAAAGACCUCGGUCUUAAUGUGAAUUGAUAAUGGGAGUGUUCAUUUUGUUCGGGAGAAAAAUCGUUCGUUUCACCAAAUUUGAUUCUGGGAAUAGUGAGUUUUAAUGUUCAACGAAACAUUUUCAAACAGUGCGUAACAUUUAAAAUGUUGUGGUUUGGCACUGAUAUAAAACAGAUUUGUUUGUUUUUUUAUUCAUCUUUUCAUUUCUAAAUAUUAUCCUUUAAAGUACACAUUCAGUGUAAUUAUGUGUAAGCAUAUUUGAUUGUUCACUUUUUUCAACAGUUAUUCCAUCAUGCCUCACAUUAAAAAAAAUAAAAAAGUGUGUUAAUUGUACCAGAGGUUUUUAACACUAAGCCAUGGGCAUUUUCCCAUAGAGAAAGACCUGAGUGAAUGAGAAUUUAUGUAAUCAAUAAGUUCAUGAUUUAUGAGAUUUUCCGAAGUGUGCAGUCUUUUUUUACCUGUACUCUUAAGCCAGCUGAAAUGGCUGUGAAUGAUAACAAGUUUGUAUUUUGGACAUCAUCUGUUGACCCUGUGCGGAGAACUGCAGUGGAUUUUGUGAUGAGAGAUUCAAAGGCUCUGCUUGACAUUUACUUGACCUCAAAUUGCAUAUGUAGAAGAAACCUGAAUGCCUGUCCAUACUGAAUGUUGCCAGAAAGAAACCUCAGCAGUCUGGCUGUUAAAUGUGUAUCUUGGGAGGACUACUGUUCUUUGUUUGUUUGUUUUUUCGUUUUUUUUCAUUUUUGUCUAUGUUGCUAUGUGAAUCCUGGCGUCACAAAAUGAAAGAUGUAUUUUCCAGUGAAAUGGAAGGAGGCACAUGAAGAUUUUAUUUUUGUCAUGCUUGAUUGGCCGGCCAGAGGUCAUCCAGGCAUUAAAUGAAAUCUAACACAUCAGUCCUCUGUAUAUGCAUAUCAUCAUAAUAUAUCCAUGCGCAUUAAAGAACUCCUCUCAUUAACUUAA